GCAAAAGCCACGGUGCUCGGUGAUCCAAGUCUCAGGCUGGGAAUGACCUUUCCCAAUUGCCACCCUCACCUGAUUCUUGCCAAUUAAGUGAGCGUUUCUUCGGUACCGUGGCCCCUAGCCUGCUGGAGGAGAUCGACGGAGAGGAGGACGAAGAUACUCGCCGAAUCCCUCAAGCGUCUCCCCCUCGAUCCCUCCCUCGCUAGUGUCGCGAUCUGAUUUUUGUUCUCCUCCCGCCGUUCAUCCUUCUUGGGAUCGAACCCUCUUCCUUCUUUGAACCGCCGAUCCGGAAUUUGUCCGGAUCGGGAUCCGGAAUGGCGGCCGCCUCGGCCUCGCGACGCCUCCGCCAGCUCCAAUCGCAGCCGGGGAACAAGACGUGCGUCGACUGCGCCCAGAAGAACCCGCAGUGGGCCUCCGUCUCCUACGGCGUCUUCAUGUGCCUCGAGUGCUCCGGCAAGCACCGUGGCCUCGGCGUCCACAUCAGCUUCGUCCGAUCCGUUACCAUGGACUCCUGGUCCGAGAUCCAACUCAAGAAGAUGGAGGCCGGAGGCAACGACCGCCUCAACGCCUUCCUCGCCCGCUACGGCGUCCCCAAGGAGACCGACAUCGUCGCCAAGUACAAUACCCGGGGCGCCGCCGUUUAUCGUGACCGCAUCCAGGCCUUGGCCGAGGGUCGCUCGUGGCAGGACCCACCGAUCGUCAAAGAAUCGCUCAAUUCUGGUGCCAAGCCGCCUUUGGGGCGGAGUGGUGGGAAAGGCGCCCACCAGUCGAGUAACGGAGGCUGGGAUAGUUGGGACAACGAUGACUACCAGUCCUCCUCCUAUUCCGAUAUGAGGAGGAAUCAAUCAACGGGCAACUUUAGGACCGGGAGCGGUAGCGGGAUUGGUGGGGCACCCCCGCCGCCCAGAUCUAGAUCAACAGAGGAUAUCUAUACCAGGGCGCAGCUGGAGGCGUCGGCUGCAAACAAGGAGAGCUUUUUCUCCAGGAAGAUGGCUGAAAAUGAUUCUCGCCCUGAAGGGAUCCCACCAUCGCAGGGGGGGAAGUACGUGGGAUUUGGUUCCACGCCACCGCCGCCUCCUCAGAGUAAUAAUUCACAAGGUGAUAUGCUCCGAGACACAGUUUCGAUUGUCUCUCAGGGUCUUGGCCGGCUAUCCUUAGUUGCAAGCUCUGCUGCUAGUGUUGUCCAAGCAGGCACAAAGGAGUUGACUUCCAAGAUGAAGGAGUCAGGAUACGAUCAGAAGGUCAAUGAAACUGUGAGUGUGGUAGCCACAAAAUCCACUGAAAUUGGGCAGAGGACAUGGGGAAUCAUGAAAGGUGUCAUGGCAAUGGCAUCGCAAAAAGUUGAGGAAUACAGUAACGAAGGGAUCAGCUGGAAGGUGGAUGAUUGGUCACAGAAGGAAAGUGUAAAAAAUGGAUACUAUCAAGAGUUUGGUCAGGACAACAAGAGUUGGAAUUCACCUCAAGAGAAUCCAAACAAGCAUUACAAUUCUGUGAGCUCUUCCUGGGAUAACUGGGACGAGAAAGAAAGGAGAGAAGAACCUAGGAAAGGAACACAAAGUAGUGAAAGCUGGGCAGGUUGGGAUGACAUGAAAGAAGACGAUGGCUAUGCUAAUUACCACUAUAGCUCAUCAAACAAUGCUGCCAAUCAAAAUGGAAAAUCUGGUUCAUCGUGGACGGAUGGUGGAUUUCUGUGAGGUCGAUCUGUUCUCUUAAUCCCUUUUCCUUUAUUAUGUUCUAAAUACAGUAGAGGUGUGUUUAUUAAAGUUUAUAUUGUUAAAACUGUUGGGGAGGUUAGUUCUGGAUUUUCAAUUUCUCUAUAAGCUGUAUCUGCAAUCUUUACCAUUCUGCUAUUACCAACUUUGCAACCUAAAGAUAUGCUUGUGUAGAAAUAAAUGACCACUCCCUGAAGUUCCAA